AAAAAUAAACACUGACACACAGUUAAUGUAAUACAUGGACGUAACGUUUGUUUAUCCGAAUAUAAUCUUACAUUUUAAAAUAAUCCACGAGAAACAUAGCUAGUGAUGCGUUUUUUUUGGUCCACGUGGUUGAUUACGAGUCGCAUCUUUCCUACGUCAUAACUUGAUUUCGAAGCAGUGUGCGGCAAAGCAACUACGAGCCACUUAAAACCGUUUUUGUUUGUUUAUGUCAGUUAAUUUGAUUUAUUUCAAAUUAUGUCUUCAAAGGGCAUUAAGGUAGACAAUGACCUCAAAACAAAGGUUGACGCCUUCAGAGAGCGGAUCACGGGUGAGGCUGAGAACCUGGUCGCAGACUUUUUCCCCAAAAAGUUGUUGGAACUUGACAGCUUUCUGAAGGAGCCCAUUUUGAAUGUCGCAGACCUGAAAGAUAUCCACUCCGAGAUAAACGUCAAAGUACCUGACCCAAUCAUUCUCAACAAUAGUCAUGAUGGAGUAGAUGUGCAAAAUUCCAGAAAACGGAAAAUGGAAGAUGGACUCGACGAUAUCUGUCAAGAUGGCCCCAAGAUGUUUGUCAUGCCAGGGGGCAUGAUAAAGAGCAACGGCCAGCUGGUGGACCUGAUCGAAAGAGUCAAACCAGAAAUAAGAACCCUCAUAGAGAAAUGCAACACGGUCAAAAUGUGGGUCCAGCUCUUAAUCCCCAGAAUAGAGGAUGGUAACAACUUUGGUGUAUCCAUCCAGGAGGAAACUGUUGCUGAGCUCAGGACUGUGGAAGGAGAGGCAGCCUCUUACCUGGAUCAAAUUUCCAGGUAUUACAUCACCAGAGCAAAGCUAGUCUCAAAAAUUACAAAGUACCCUCAUGUGGAGGACUACCAGCGCACGGUGACUGAAAUAGACGAGAAGGAAUACAUCAGCCUCAAGAUCAUUGUGUCAGAGCUGAGGAAUCAAUAUGUGACAUUACAUGACAUGAUCCUGAAAAACAUAGAGAAGAUCAAGAGGCCACGAAGCAGCAACAAUGAAGCCCUCUACUGAACACUCUACUUCUCCUUAUCCUCUUCUCACCAACUCCUAGUAACAGCCACAUUGGCAGUAUUUAGAUAGGCAGCCCAAUUCUGAUAUUUGUUUUCCACUAAUUAGUCUUUUGACCAAUCAGAUAAGCUUUGUUGUGAUUGGUCAAAAUGCCAAUUAAUUAGUGGGAAAAAAGCUCCAAAUUGGGUUACCUGUGUGAAUGCAGCCAUUGACUGUAACAGGCUUUGUUCUGGACUAUUAUCAUCAAUUCCCUCAAGGUGGACUUCAAAAGAACCUCCUUAGACAUGUUCUGAAACAUCCCAUGUUUCCAGGACUCAUGAGAAGGUUGUACCUUGAUUAUGGAUUUUUCUCCAUGUCGACCAAUCAAGCGGGCUUGAACUGAACUGUGUCCUUGUUGUCUGUGUGCUUGUAGUGUGUAUGCCUUGUGUGGAAAUCAUCAUGGGAGUUUCACAGGUAUACUUUGUCUGUUUUAUCUUAAGUUUGUUUUUAAGGAAUUAUUUUUAGGAUUCUGAAGUGCUUGGUGGUAACUAUAAUUAGCUGUAUGUGAGAUUGUCAAGGUGAGUGUGUGGGAAUGCUCAGUCUGCAUUUUAGUUGUAGUGUAGCUUGCAGUCCUGUCAGUUAUUUCUAUUUUAUUUUUUCUUAGGGGACUACUCACAAGUACAUUAUGAAGGACUAUGGUCUGUUUCCAGCACAAUAUGUAAUUGCCAUCCACUCCCACUCUGAUCUUGGGAGUUUCAAUUGUGUUAAAAGCCAGAUCUGUAAUGUUCUCAUAUCCAGAUGCUACGUGAUGAGAGAGAUGUCUUUACUGUAUCUCUCCCUUAAUUGUAAUUUUGUUUUAAGAAUAAAUAUUUUUACUUAAUACAA